UGCAACUUGUGAAAUCCAUUCACACAAUGGACAACACGGCGGACAAUAUAGCGAACGAUAUUUCUGAAUCAGGAAUGAUUCCUAGUUCGAAUAAAGCCGAUCACAGGCGUCGGAUUAGUACUAGUAGCAGUUCUAGCAAUAGUUCAAGCUCCUCAAGCUCGUCCGCGUCGUCGGGGUCCGAUCGUAGGAAAAAACGAUCCAAGCGACGUAGUAAUCGUCAUCGUCGUAAAAGUAAAAAGAGUAAACGAGAUUUCGAGGAUAAAAGAAUCACUAACUUGACAAAUGAAAUAAUUGAGUUACGUAAUCAAAUUUCAUAUCAUGGCGGCUUGUCUAACAAUUUGUGUGAAAUAUUGCCGCAGCCGCCUGCACCACCGCGUGGCGAGGCUUAUGAUAGCGAUGUUUUAGACGAUAGUGUAAGCGGAAUUAUUUAUAAAGAUGUUGACGGAGUUAGUUUGUUACCAGAUAAUGAACAGCAACAAUUUAAAUUUGACCUUGAAAUAAAAUUAAAGGAACCCGCCGUUCCGAAAGCGCCUGAUAGUUACAUAAAUAAUUUAAAUGAAAUACAGUAUUUUAAUAGGAGCGAAUGGAGUGAGGUUAGGUAUGCUGAAGUGCAAAAAUUAUACAAUCACACCCCUGGUUUCAUAGACCUUGACUGUAAUGACGAAGUUAAGGAAUAUGACCAGUUGAAACACCUAACGUAUGCGGACAAAGCAUACGCAGCCAUUACCUUUUGUGCUCUCAAACAAAGAGAAGCACUUGCUGCAUCCUUAACGGACCUACUUGCAUGGGCCCGCGAGGAACAAAAUGUUAGCCCGUUGGGACUUCAGGAAAAGGUGACACAGCUCUUUUCUCAAGGUGAAUUCCAUAAGGUCUCGUCAGACCUGCUGCAACUGGUGUGUGGACAUAGAGCUGAAGUGAUUCAGAUGCGACGAGAUGGCAUCACUAAUUAUGUCCGUGACCCUCUAGUAAAAGUUGCCCUCCGUAAGAUUCCGCCAUCGGAUCGUCAUCUGUUUGGCGCUGAAAACUUUACAUCGGCACUUGAGAAGUUUGGGGGUAUAAAAAAGGCAUUUCGGCCUCUCACCAGGCCUAGUUCGGGUUCUGCUUCGCAAGCAGGACCUAGUAAGGCUUUGCGCCUCCCCUCGCAGGGGCCGGCUUAUUUUACAGGGCCCUCGCAGGGUACCAAUAAAACCUGUUGUAGUGGAUCUUCACAUCAACAAUACCAGCCCUCGCAGGGCGCAUAUUACCACCAGUCUUCGCAAGGCUAUACUCACGGUUGUUCUUCUAAAGGAAAAAAUUUUCAUAAUGCCGACCGCCGCAUGGGAGGCUAUAAAAAUCCCUUUCGUUCGACUGGAAACAAUCAGAACAAGCCCAGUCAAGGUAAAACCAACCGUAAACGAGCUGGAGGCCAGCCUGAUUAUAACUCCUCGUCAAAAAAACGAAAAUUCUGACUCUCGAAUCUUCAAAGCAGGGAGGUUGCGGCAGUAUCGUCAUCGUUGGGCGAAACUAGGUGCCCCUCAGUCCCUGCUUCGUAUAAUAAAAGGUUACCGUAUACCUUUCCAUCAAAAACCACCGCUAAUGACACCCCAGUUGUUAGGCAACACUUUUGUGACCAGAGAGUCCGAAUCAAUGACUGCUAUAAUAAGCACAAUGAAAAACCAGGGUGUACUAGAAGUGGCAAAGCCAUCGCCGAGCUUCCUGUCCACGAUGUUUCUUGUGCCCAAGAGCGACGGAUCCGAUCGUCCGAUAUUCAACCUAAAAGCUCUCAACGACUACGUAAUUACAAAGCCGUUCAAGCUUAUAAACAUGUUUCGUGUGCCGGGAUUUCUACAGCCAAACGAUUGGCUGUGCAAAGUAGACAUCUCGCAGGCGUACUUUCACCUUCCAAUUGCCACGGGUCACAGAAGAUUUUUACGUCUAAUCUAUCGAGGACAGCUUUUGGAAAUGACUUGUCUUCCUUUCGGCCUCAGCACUGCGCCCAGAGUUUUCACAUCUCUGACGAAUUGGAUCGCGGAGACUCUUCGGGACCAAAACCUGAGAGUAAUCGUUUAUUGCGACGAUUUUCUCAUUGCACACCAAGACAAACUCAUUCUUCAGGGCCACUGCCAAGUGUUAAUCAACCGUCUCCAGUACCUAGGCUGGCAGAUAAAUCAGGAAAAAUCUAUGACUCAACCCCUGAAAGCUCUAGAUUUCCUGGGCAUCACGUGGAAUCCUUGGAACAAUACAAAAUGUCUUCCUGUAGACAAAAUUCGAACCAUCAAACAGAAAAUUUCAUGUGUAUUAUCCCUGGGCGAAACAUGUUUGGAAGACCUACAAAGCCUAAUAGGAAUAUUAAACUUUGCGACGUUCGUCGUACCCAGAGGCAAGUUACACCUUCGAGCGUUACUCAGGUUCCUCAAACCGUUACUACGCGCACCAGCCAGACGAAUGGUGCACAUUCCAAGCGAAGUGUCAUCAGAACUAAGAUGGUGGUUUCAGGAAUGUCAUCGCACGACUCCAAUUCAUCUCCCACCACCAACCCACUUCGUGACAACAGAUGCUUCCGACGUAGCGUGGGGUGCGCAAGUAGACAACCAGUCGUUGUCAGGAAGCUGGAGUGUUGCAGAACAACAUCUUCACUGCAACAUAAAAGAAAUGCUAGCGAUUUUAAAGGUCCUCGAGAGCCACGGUCACUCAUUAGCUCAAACAACAACACUCUUCCAGUGCGACAACAAAACAGUUGUAGCUUAUCUGCGAAACGAGGGGGGGAUGAAAUCAUUUCCACUGAUGACGACGACUUACAGAGUGUUCGAACUUCUGGAUCGCUUUCAAAUAAAUCUGACAGCUCAGUACCUUCCCGGCAUGUUCAACAGCACGGCCGAUCACCUAUCGCGACACAAGAUGCUAUCCGAGUGGCAUCUGGUACAGACAUGCACAGAGAAAAUUUUCACCAAAUUCGGGACACCGAUAAUAGACCUACUAGCAUCGAGUCGAGCCCACGUGGUCUCCAAUUACGUAUCUCUGGACCUGAACGACAAUCAGGCAGUAUUCCACGAUGCAUUUUCCCGGCGGUGGAAUUAG